CGCCCCGUCGUCUUUAUUUGACGACGUGGAGCUCUUAUGCAGGCCCCUCGGCCGCACCAUCGCCCCGUCGUCUUUAUUUGACGACGUGGAGCUCUUAUGCAAGCCCCUCGGCCGCACCAUCGCCUCGUCGUCUUUAUUUGACAACGUGGAGCUCUCGUACAGGCCUCUCGGCCCAUCGGCCUUACGUUCUGGUCAUCUUUAUUUGAUGAACCAGACAUCAUAUUGUGGACGGUCGCUCGACCCAUCCCAUAGUCAUCUUUAUUUGAUGACUAGGACUACUGAUCAUGAUGAGCUACCCACAUCUAGAGAUCGGCCUCGACCAUCCAGCAGACGGGCACCGCUGCAGCUCCAUCUCCAGGCCGAAGGGCUCGCACCUUUUGUUUCAUUUUGGGGGCAUCCGGUGUACUCUUUUUCCCUCAUUAGGAUUUUUUCCCACAGGGUUUUUCCUAAUGAGGUUUUUAACGAGGCAUCUCCCCAUCGUGGAUCAAAAGGUGUCAACCCUCGGCCCCCUGUUGAAGACAUCAUCCGACACGCAUUACUCUACUCCUCUUCACCUCAUUACACUCGCCUCAAGGAGUGGGGGACUGGAAGAGCGGGGGACUUAGCGUCUCCGUUAACCAAAGAAGCAGAAAUUCAAAUUUUUGUUCAUGAAGUUUACUCACCAGACGGUGACAGAUCAGCACACAGUUCUACUCUCUUUCGCCUCGAAUACUCUCGACUCAGAGAGUGGGGGACUCCUGAUAGAGUAUAUAGACUCGGACCCCCGGGUCUCAUGACUAUUGGGCCCGGACAGCGGCCCACACACAUCUUACGGAUAUCAUUUGUAUUAUUGUACUGCUUAUAUGUCAUUUGUAUGUAACUAUG